UGUUCAUCGGAGAAGAAAGGAAGAAUACAACUGAGUGUGACGUGCGGCUCCUAAUAAAAUUAUUAAUAAAUUAUUUUCUAUCUAAACUUCCAUAACUAGUGCAAAAAAUUGAGCUUAAAUGCUAACUAUUAUCUAAACUUUUCGGUUAAGCUUAAAUUCUACCACAUGUAUUUGCGAGAAGAUUAAAUAAUUAGUUAUAAAUAACUGUAACUUUAGUUAUACGAGUACUCUCGAGUCAGUGAAAGUACGGCCUUGUGAAAGAUUACGCGUACAUUGCAUCUACGAGAAGGCACAAAUUAUCAGGAAGAAAAUCAGAAGUGGAAGGGAAGCUAAACAGGAUUAAGAACACUAAACGAAAUUUUUUAAUACACAUUUAUUGUUAUUCGCAAACUCGGACUGUUCUUAUUCCUAUUCCCCGUUGGCCUAACGCCAACAUUUUGAAAAACUUCGUUUAUCCACGCCCGGAUAACGAUGCCGAAACACGCUAACGAUUCGGAAGGAGGGAGCUUUAGUGAAACGUCACACUGUAGGGCCUGCACCGGUGGAAACGACUCCCGUAUUGUACAAUGCGACAAGUGCGACGGUUGGUACCACUUCGACUGCGUGGGAGUAAAUCAAGACGUCGAGAAUCAAGAUUGGAUGUGCACUGUUUGCCAAGAUGAGCAGCAAGCCAAACCAAGGUAUCGGCGAACCCUUUGUUGCCUGUAAGUACGCGUAGUACUGUAAUCACGUCAGAUGAAACACCGUUGUGUACCUCUUCCGACCUAGUGGCUAGCAUAGCUGUCACAUCUUCUUUGUUGUAUCCACCAAAUACAGUUUACCCUUCGAUUGGAAAAAAUGCCAAUGUUUCAAUGCCACCCCAAUCGCUUAUGCCCCCGACUUCGUUCAUGUCACCUUUUUACUUUAUGCCAUUAUAUCAGUCGACGCAAAUGAAUUAUUCGAUGCCUCCCAUACCAGCGAACUCGUCUGUUAGCCAGUUAAAUCCAUAUGCGCCAAUAUCGAAGGUAAACAUGCCGGGUCAAUGCUAUACAGUGCCAUCAAGCGUCACUCAGCCUAUUCCGUCAGCACCGAUCACCGGUCCACCGAAGUCAAUUCCGUUUGCACAACCAACCGUUCCAAUAGAGGGAUCAAACAACCAGUUGCCAGAGUCACUUCAUCCAAACCAUCCUCCGCUAAAUCAGCAACGAGCAGUAGAGGAUAACCUGAGCCAGUGUUCUGAUGCAGCUUCCAGAAGAUCCACCAAGCAGAGACAGUUAGAAUGACAGUUACAGCUUUUGGACGAAGAGAGAAAAAUCCAAGAAGCAGAAGAAUCAAACCGACGAGAGUACCUGCGUAAGCGACAUGAGCUACUCAAGGAGAUGGCCAACGAAAAUGCUUCAUUAUCCGAUGUGGAGGAAGAACGAUCGAGCCGGCGAGUAUCUGAUUGGCUAAGUGAGUCAAAUGAUACAAAUGUGCACAGAUCGCGCUUAUUACCAGCUGACGUUAAUCAAACUCAACCGAAUGACAGUCGGCAGAUUACUGAUCAGCAAGUAGGAAAUACUGGAGCAGGGAUUAUACCAAACUUACGCUUUACUCCAAGACUCACAUCACCGAGAGAAAAUGAGUACUGCUUAACACGAAAACAACUAGCCGCACGUCAGGCGGUCUCACGAGAGCUUCCAGUAUUUAGUGGUGUUCCAGAAGAAUGGCCAUUGUUUCAUUCUACAUUCACAACAACGACCGAGAUGUGUGGGUAUACGCAAGAAGAAAAUUUAAUUCGCCUGCAAAAGUGCCUUAGAGGGAAGGCGUAUGAAGCUGUAAAAUGUAGAUUAAUGCAUCCGACGAAUGUUCCUGGUAUACUUUCAACUUUAAAAAUGCUUUUUGGUAGACCGGAAAUCAUCGUGCAAAAUUUAAUCUCAAAGAUUCACUCGACCCCAGCUCCGAAGGCGGACAAACUGGACACCCUGAUUGAGUACUCAAUUGCCGUGCAGAAUCUUUGCGCAACGAUUGAUGCUUGCCAGCUAGAUGAGUACACCUACAACAUAGCUCUUUUGCACGAGCUGGUCGACAAGCUUUCACCUUCAUUUAAGGUUGACUGGGCAAGACAUCGUCGCAGUUUAUCCCGAAUGCAUUUGAAUGCUUUUUCGACAUGGCUGUAUGAAAUAGCAGAAACAAUUUGUCCGAUCGCUCGUCCAACAUUCAGUGACGUAUUACCCAGUCGAGGGAUCAAAAAGAACUCAGCUCAUCUUAACAUUCACAGUAAAGCGGGCUCAGAAAUUCCGUCAGAUAGCUCUGUCCGUCAGGACAUAAUAAAUCCCUCGAAGUUGCAUGCGAUGGCGUGUGUUGCAUGCGAGCGAAAUUGUUCCAAAUUAGAAAAGUGCCAACGGUUUAUCGAGCUUUCGUAUAAUGCUCGCUGAGCAGUUAUAAAAGAAUUUAUGCUUUGCAGGAAAUGUCUCAAGAAACACAAGGGCACCUGUAAAUCUCAACAAAUAUGUGGAAAAAACGGGUGUACAUACAAACAUCACCAACUUCUUCACAAUAACCAUCGAGACGGAGCGGAAACAUCGGCGAAUGUAAAUGUGCCAGUCGAAAGCAAGCAGAUCUCUCGCGCAGAUGUUUCGAACAGUUCUGCACGUGAAUGCAAUGCUCAUCAUAACCCAAACAAACAGGGGCUGUUUCGUGCCGUACCGGUUAUCAUCCAUGGUUCGACGAAAUCUGUGAAAACUUAUGCCUUUCUAGAUGAUGGUUUGUCGCUUACAUUAAUCGAUGCGUCACUGGUUCAAGAACUGAAUCUGCAAGGGAAAGCGGAACCACUUUGCCUUAGAUGGACUGGUAAUAAGCAUCGCUUGGAAAAUGAUUCGUUGAAACUCGUCAUUGAUGUAUCCGGAACAAAUGGAAUUCAAAAGAAAUAUCGUUUACAAGGAGCCCACACGGUAGCGAACCUGGUGAAUCGCUUUCACUCUUUCAGGCUGUGAACAUGCAACGCCUAGCUGAGGCUUAUCCGCAUCUAAAGGGAAUCCCUAUCGAAUCAUAUAGCAACGUACAGCCACGAAUUUUGAUAGGAAUCGACAAUGCCAACAUCACAUUGCCUCUCAAAGGAAAAGAAGGUAAAAUGCAUGAACCGAUUGCCACUAAGACUCCACUUUGUUGGAUUGUGCACGGGGGAGGCCAUACACAUGGCGAUUUAGUCGGUUAUCAUGCUGUAUGUGCAUAUGCUGAAUCGUCCGAUCAAAUGCUGCAGAAAGCUGUACGCGAAUAUUUUUCACUAGAAAGUCUAGGAAUUUGUGAAUCGAGAAAGCCUUUAAUCUCCAGUGAAGAUCAGCGUGCAGAGAAAAUUUUGCAGUCUAUCAUCCAGACAGAUAGCGGAAGGUACGAGGUAAAACUACUGUGGAAGUUUGACAAAAUCCGUCUGCCCAACAGUAAACCAGUAGCUUUACGACGUUUUCAUUGCCUGGAAAACAAAAUGAAAAGGCAACCAGAACUAGCGGCAGUACUACACGCGAAGUUGAGAGAUUAUCAGCAAAAGAGGUAUAUUAGAAAGUUAUCGGUCGAUGAGCUUCAAGAAGCACACGAUAGGGUGUGGUAUCUUCCACUGUUCCCAGUUUUCAAUCUAAAUGAGCCUGGAAAAGUUAGAAUCGUUUGGGACGCAGCAGCUAAAACCAUCGGCGUGUCGCUUAUUUCCAUGAUUUUGAAGGGACCUGAUUUGUUAACCCCACUGGAUUCUGUGCUCUACAGAUUUCGAGAAUUUCGUGUUGGGCUUAGUGGGGACAUCAGAGAGAUGUACCUACAAAUGGUAAUGUCCAAACAGGAUCAACAUUGUCUAAGAGUAUUGUGGUGUGACGAUGAAACGAAUAAACCCAGUACCUACGUUACACAAGUUAUGCCUUUUGCGACCUCUUGUUCACCAUCCUGUGCACAAUAUGUGAAAAAUUUAAACGCGGUCAAGUUCGAAGGGCAAUAUCCGUUGGCAGUUCAGGCGAUCGUUAAACAGCAUUACGUGGACGACAUGCUAGUCAGCGUGGAGUCAGAGGAAGUGGCGAUUCAAGUUGCGAAGGACGUAAAGUACAUUCAUGCCCAAGCCGGAUUCGACAUGCGCAACUGGAUUUCGAAUUCGCGAGCAGUAGUAGAAGCAAUGAAGGAGCCAGAAACCGACAAAAAGAAUCUUAACCUGGGAUCGGAGCUAGGAACAGAAAAAGUUCUGGGAAUGUGGUGGUGUACGGAAACAGAUACCAUCACGUACAAACUCUACGCUAAACACGACACAGAUUUGCUAUCUCAAUUGCGUAAACCUACAAAAAAAGAAGUUUUCAGAACGCUCAUGGCAGUCUUCGACCCGUUAGGAUUGAUAUCGAAUGUACUCGUUUAUUUGAAGGUUCUCUUUCAAGAGAUAUGGAGAUCCGGCAUCGAAUGGGACCAAGAUAUUCCAGAAAGUUUAAACGCCAAAUGGAAAAAAAAGGCUUGAAAUUCUACCUAUGGUACAGAGUGUUGAUAUCCCUCGCUGUUAUCGGGCGCUAAUUGCGCUGACUUCACAAACAACCGUGCAACUCCACACCUUUGUUGACGCGAGCCUGUCAGGAUAUGCAGCAGUUGUUUAUCUACGUUUCGAAUAAGGUAACACUGUCGAGUGCGCCAUAGUGGGUGCGAAAACCAGGGUAGCCCCAAUCAAAUUCGUUUCGGUUCCAAGGCUUGAGUUGCAGGCUGCUGUCAUCGGAGUCAGGUUGGCGAACAGAAUUACAAAGUCUUUGUCCUACAAAAUACAUCAAAGAUUCUUUUGGAGUGACUCCCGUGAUGUCCUGUGCUGGAUAAGAUCCGACCAUCGUCGAUAUUCGCAGUUCGUCGCUUUCCGCAUUAGCGAAAUCCUAGAUUCAACUGACAUGGCUGAUUGGGGAUAAAAACGAUCGAAGGACAAUGUUGCUGAUGAUGCUACCAAGUGGCAGGGAGUACCAGAUCUUUCCGAAGACAGUCGAUGGUUCAAAGGUUUACGAUUCUUAUGGGAAUGUAGCGAGUAUUGGCCAUCCAACCCAUUCCGAGAUGGGUAUACUUGCGAAGAACUUAAAGCAAGCAUUUUCUAUCAUGAAGCAAAAACUAAACCGAUAGUAAGCACUCAAGACUUUUCGUGCUGGGAGCGACUGCUGCGAGCUACGGCUACUGCAUUUAGAGCCUCACAAAACUUUUACAGUACCGUGACUAACGAGAGCUUCAUCGGUCCACUCUCAUCCGAAGAACUUCAGCAAGCGGCUAUCUACUUAUACCGACUAGCUCAGGUGGAUGCUUUUAAUGACGAGAUCGGUAUUCUUAGCACAAAAGUUGGUAACAAGACGCUGGCGAAAUCAAGUUCAAUUUACACAUUCAACCCGUUUUUGGAUGAACAGAAUUUACUUAGAAUGCAUGGCAGAAUAAGUGCGUGUGAGUACGCUUCUAUGCAGACUUCCUGUGCACGUGCUUUUUUUCAAGCGACGAGAGAAAUCUUUCUCUCGCUCGUAGAAUUUCCAUGUAUGUGCGACGAAACGAGACACGUCACAUGCAAUUUGUAGGUUGCUCUUUCGCUUCUCUUUCGGUUCGGAUUGCGAUGCGCAAGGCGAUGUUUCAUUGCACUACGAACUGAGCGAGACGCCCGUACUCUGCAUACUUGAUACAGCUCGUGCGCUACAGCUCGUGAGACUUUCUCGUGUACACAGACUUCAUGUACACGAGCUUUUUACUAAAGCGAUGAGAGAUUUCUUUUCUUUUUUUUCGGUAAGAGACUGCGGCGCACCAGACGAUGUCUCAUCGCUUUACGAACUGAGCGAGACUCCCGUACUGUACCUUAGUGAACCUGUAUAUUAGAGA